CUUUUGUCAUUCUGCUGCACUUCACAGGACCCAGUUACUUACAGCACCCACCUAAGCUUACAGUUUCUUGCACAUCCUGAGAGCGCUACUUCAUGGACAAGAUGUCGUCAGGAAGCUGGAAUGCUGGGAAGAAAAAUGCAUAUACAGCAGUCAAAGUAGAUCCUGAUGAGGACAAUUGUACCCCAGGGGCAUUUGAACUGGAGAGGCUCUUGUGGAAGGGCUGCCCAAAGUACACUCACGUCAAUGAAGUCUGGCCCAACCUCUACAUAGGAGAUGAAAAAACCGCACUGGAUCGCUACAGCCUGGAGAAGGCGGGAUUCACCCACAUCCUCAACGCGGCCCACGGGCAGCGCAACGUGGACACGGGACCGCAGUAUUACAACAGCAUGACCGUGGAGUACCAUGGCGUGGAAGCAGAUGAUCUCCCCACUUUCAACCUCAGCCAGUUCUUUUAUUCGGCUUCCAAAUUCAUUGAUAAUGCACUUCAGGAUGAAAGAAGCAAGGUGCUGGUUCACUGUGCCAUGGGCCGCAGCCGCUCUGCCACACUGGUCUUGGCUUACCUGAUGAUUUACAAGAACAUGACAGUGGUGGAUGCCAUUGAGCAAGUGUCAAGGCACCGCUGCAUCUUGCCAAACCGCGGCUUCUUGAAACAGCUGAGAGAACUGGACAUAGCGCUGGCACUGCAGAGGAGGAACAGCAAGAACAGCCUAGCACCUGCUGAGCAGCAGAACAGCACCACCAUCUAGCAUUGUCCUGGCACGGCUGUGCUACUGGAAAAGAAAACUCCAUAAAAGGAGGGGAGGGGAAGGUGUAGUUAAUUACAGAGUCACAAGGAUCAUUUUUUAUUUGCUAGAAAAAAACCCCAAAGUAAUUUCAAAUACAAUGUCAAGAUGAGAAAGAAGGGAAACCAAAUUUAAAACUCCUCAUCUUAGAAAGUUCCAGCCUUAGCAGAAUUCUUUGUUACAUCAACAAGUAAGUUUUUCUCUCUGCAAAAAAUCCCCAAACAUUUACAACACAAAAGCAAGCAUAACUUAAAACUCUCUUCUAGCUAAGUAUCCCCAAAUCAUGAUCCUAACUCAAGCCCACAGCCUUUAAUGGAGUGCAGAUAGCACUCCUGAAGAAAUCUUGCAGGAAAAACACUGAAUUGUUUAGUCCAGAGUCCUGAAGGGUUUCACAGGAGUUUGUCUUUUUGUGCUGUUUCCUGGCAAUUUUAUUUCUUUUUUCACAGUGAUAAUCCAGGGCAGCACAGCAGUUAGAGAGCCUCUACAUGAGAAUCAGCUACACCAUGAGCAUUUGCUUUACAGGCAGGAAUUCUGUAUCAAACGAUAAACUAAAAACUAACAAAUAUCUGUAAUGUUUGCCCUUUGUCAAGAUACAGUUGUCUUCUUUCUUGUAUCCUGCAUGAAAUCUUGAUGACUGCUGUAACUGAAAGAGGAUUUGUCAUCGAUUCACAUGCAUAAUUGAUCACCCUCAGCACUACAGAAAAUUGCCAGGCCCAUUCUUUCUAUUUACCAUGCUGAUAAAGAAAUGGAGUUUGUUUCCAUCAACCACCCUGCCAGAUGGACAAACUAAACAGCUUACAAAACUGAGAGACUCAGACCGUGAUCUAACAUGGAAGAUAAGUACCUUUAGCAGUCCUUCAUUUCUGCUUAUAUCAGAGAUUCUUACACUGUUAGUAAAAAACUGGUUGCAUUUUGCCCACUGCUAGGGGAUCAGGCAGCCUGAGUGUAACAACACUUACCAUUGCUGUCUUUGCUAAGGGGCUGAGUGCAGCUUCCAGGAGAAGUGGCAUUUGGCAGCUUCCAGAUGUCUGUUCCAAAGACAAGUAUCUUUCCUAGAACCAGGUCUUGCCUGAAGGACUCUGCUGGCACAGCUGUGCCAAUUAAACAGUUCUGAAGUAAACAUAUUUUUCAUUUACUUCCCAGCUUUUUUUGCCUACUGUUCUCCUAGAACUAAUGAGACUAAAUCAGAAAAGCAGAGCUUCUGGAACAUGUGACUUCCACAAAGUGAGGCAACUCUUGCAAGCUGCUAAUCAGCUGCUUCACAAGUGUCAGCACCGACUCCAGCUACAAGCCAGGUCUGCAGGAAACACACACACUGAACAAGGCAAGUUGAUUUCCUUCUUGCCCACCACCAGUGGCACAGAGCAUUCUGUAAGAGUGCAUGCCUCCUGCCUUUUACAAGAAUCAUCUACUGCAAUUCUGUGAAGAAGUUUUUGAACACAGUAAAAGCAAGAGCUCAUUCCCCUCUGGGAUAGUGCUAGAGCACACAGUCAGAACUGACACGACACUGCAAGGUGCAUACAAGACAGAGAACAAGAACAUCUGUCAAGGAAAAAACAACCUUCUUAUUUAUCAGAAAUUUUAGUGCCAUAAUGCAAUUCACAGCUAAACAGUUGUUAUGGGAAAAGAUGUAAAAUAGUCCCUUGUCCUCCCGAAAGGAAUUAAAUUCUGAAAUAACAAGAUUAUAUUGGAAACUUGCCUGCUGUGCAUACACUAUUCAUCAUUUCCCAACCAACUCUUAACCCAUAUAUUGUAAAUACAGAAUUUUAGCAAUAUGCUGGAGUCAGGAUGCUGUUUCAGCUUAGCAAAUAUCUGAAAUGCUAAGAAGGUUUGAUUUGCUUGUAUGUUACAGGCUUCAAAACUUGAAACUGAACAGCAGCAGAUAAAGACCCAGGUGCCUUUUUCACUCACUGUGAAGUUACACAAAUGAAAAAUCACAAGACAUAAAGCUAAACACACCUGAAGGCUGCACAUAACUGCAUCGAGUUCCACUUUCCUUUUUGUAAGCAUAAAAUGGCAAGUUACUUUGUAAAGAUGAAAUCAAAGUUUAAGUACUAUGAAUACUCUCUGCUUUCAAUCAACAAAUGUGACAAUUUAAGGGCAUGAACCCAAAUAUUUGUUGUAUGGUGCUCUCCUUAUCAGAUGUUCUGAACUCCUAAAACACAAAUUACUCCAGAUUACCAUUUGAUCAGCAACUUAAGCUCUCAUUCUGAUUCACUAUUUUAGACUGCUGCUCCAUUGUAUUAAAACUCAACAGGUCAUGCACGUGAAUCUGUAGUAUCAAUUUCUUGACUUGGUACCAUCACACAGUAAUGGUUUUAUUUAAAGAAAUACACAUUUCUUUGACUUUAAGAUAUUUGAAGUAUUACCUUUGAAGCUGUUUAAUAUACUGGAAUGGGGACAGUUUUCAGUCAAGAUGGCCACUCCUUUCACCUUAGCUAGUAACCUUACUGCAGUGACAGUGGCAACAUUCACAUCAGAAGCAUUCUGAAAAAUUAUUACAGGGACUUUUUCUGGUGCAGGUUCACACAUCCCAAAUUUGAAUUUGUCCACUCAUGAGAUCCACAUAUAGACAGCCUUCUUGUCUUUAACAGACCUUCUAUUGCUACAUGAGAAGCGCUCAUCUCUAAGUAUGUUUGUGUGUGCCCACAUACACACAUAUACACAGAACCCAUAGACUUAAUGCAGAAUUUGCAUCAUCUUGUCACCCAGCGACAUUGACAAAGGAAGCUAUUACAAUUCUAUCAUUAAAAUACAGUUCAAACA